UUGGUGAGCGCGGGUAAAUCAGGAGCCUGCCCUGGAGCUUAGGGAAGGGGAUCGGUGCUGUGUUACCUGGGGAUCCGAAUAAUCUGAGGGGCGAAUGUGUGGCUUUCCCGCAACAUAAAUUGUUCUGAUAAAUGGAAACGCGCCGUUCAGGAAAAAUGACUGCUAUAAGUUCAGAGGGGUCGCAGCUGUUACCCCUGCUAGAGACUUUGGAAGAUUCUUCUACCUCGCAUUCAGAACAGACUGAUGCAUAUCUCUCCAUUGCAAACCGUCUUGGUGGAGAAGAAGGCAAGGAGUUUGCUGUACUGGUUGGAACACAUUUCUCUCGACUUUGUAAAGUUUUCAUGGGUCAUUUGUCUGACCAGAACUCCGAUCUAAGCAAUGCAGCACUUCAGGCAAUCGGGUUUUGUGUUUUUAACCCCAAAAUUGCAUCAGUUUUAUCAGGGGCCGAGAUCGAAGAAAUUAUUUCAGCACUUAACAGUAUUGCUGUCAAAACAACAGAUAAAAACACUUGCACAAGAGCACUUUGGGUGAUUUCAAAACAGAGCUUCUCUACAGAAGAAGUUGGGAAGGCGGUACCUACUAUACUUUCUACAUUAGAAAGUGUACUUAAUAAAGAUGGACAGUCACUUGUCAUUGAAUAUGAAGCACUAAAUGUUGUUAUGCGACUACUUGAACAGACACCUGCACAGAUGGCUGAGGAUGCUGUUAAAUGGUCUAAGCUAAUUAUUCCACUGGUAGUUCACACAGCACCGAAAGUUCGAUUACGGGCUGCAACUGCGUUAGAAAUUGGCAUGCCUCUGUUGCUGCAAAAACAGGAAGUGGCAGCCUUGACUGAACAACUGAUGACCUCUAAACUUAUUCCAGAGCUCCAUAAACUCUUUUCAAGUAAAAAUGAAACCUAUGUUUUGAAACUUUGGCCAUUGUUUGUUAAGCUGCUUGGAAAGACCUUACAUCGUAGCGGGAGUUUCAUCAACUCUCUACUGCAAUUAGAAGAACUGGGUUUCAGAAGUGGUUCUCCAGCAGUAAAGAAAAUAGCAUUUAUUGCAUGGAAGAGCCUAAUAGACAAUUUUGCUUUAAAUCCAGAUAUAUUGUGCAGCUCAAAAAGACUGAAGUUGCUCAUGCAGCCGUUAUGCUCAAUCCAUGUGAGAACUGAGGCUUUGGCUCUAACAAAAAUUGAAGUGUGGUGGUACCUGCUGGUGAAGCUCGGAUCUCAGCUUCAUGUUCACUUUGAACAGGCUUGUUUACCACUGAUCCAAAGCGCUUUAAGUGUAGAUUUGCCUUCAGUUCAAUCAACCCCUUCACGAACUUCUAAUCAAAAUGCUCCUGUAUCUACACCACUUCAAAAAGGAGCAUACCCUUUUGGAAGUCCAACUACUCCAAAGAUCAACUUGAAUUCCAGUUUAUUGGCUUCAGUGUCUUUCCCAUCAGUUCAUCUUCUUGGAAUAGAAAUGAUGCUACAUUUUCUGUUGGGUCCAGAAGUUACAAGUUUUGCCAGUAAGCACAAACUUGUGCUUAGUUUAGAGCCUCUUCAGCAUCCCCUGAUCAACAGUUCCUCUUUUUUCUGCAAGCAUGCUAGCACUCUGCUUAGUGCUGUUCAAGAUGGUUUUGUUGCCAUAGGAAAAGAAGCUUCUGGGGCCAUAUUAAUUGCUGUUUGGAAGGACCUGAUAGAGUUUGUGAAAGCAGCUAUUGACACAGGUAACAAGAAAGAGAGGCAAGGUUCAGAAGUGCUAACUCAUUUGCUGCAGGCUUUAAAAAAAAUUAUCACUUCGGACAGUCUUCAAGUUGAAAAGUCAGUGAAUCUCUUGGAAUGCACGAUAAAGGGACUUCCACAAAAAGUACUUGCAUCUGCAGCAUAUCAGGUGGCAAAAAUGGAUCUUCUUAAUGGAACCCCAGCAUUGUUUCUUUUACAACUUCAUUUUCACAUCGGACUUUUAGAGUAUGGUGUCAAAGAAGAAAGAUCUCUGAGGAGUGGCAUCCUCUCACGCUAUGUAAGUCGUCGUCCUGCUGGACGACCAGACUGCAGGUCUACCGCUGCACUAGUAUACUCACCACAGACACCAACAGACUGGUCAAAGAAGAAGAAGGAACCACUUGGGAAUUUGACAUCAUUAUUAAAGCUUUCAGUAAACAUGAUCGAGGGCUUUCAUAUGUUAUGCUCUGAGGAGCCCAACUUAGAAACAUCUGGUUCUACUCUGACUUACAUUGGUGGUGCCCUAAUAGGAGUUCUUAUGACUUUCAUCAGCCACAUAACCUUACCUUCAGUUAUUAGAAUGGAAUUUUUGAUGCUUACCAAACCUAUUGCAGUGUUCUAUGAAAAGACCAAGUCUGAAUCUCCUAAAGUUUACAGUGGCCUUAAUAUCAAGUUGGACAAACUUCUUGGUGAUAUACUGCUGUGUCUUGGCUCUCGCUACAAUGGCUCAUAUGAUAGUGAGCUUCUGGAAGCACUUUCACCUCUGCUUUGUGCUAUUUUUGUACAUAAAAGUAAACAGACUCGAAAUCAAGCUGCACUGUUUUGGAAUGCAACGUUUGCCAAAGCUACAGUUUUGGAUUACCCUGAUGAGCUUAGGCCAGUAUUAAGCCAGGUGAAGUCAAAAACACCCAUCUUGUUGCCUGGUUUUACUUUUUCAGAUGUUGUUGAAGAUUUGAGUGGGCCAUAUUCCGAUAAUGCAGAUAGUUCGCAAAUAGAGGCUAAAAUAAGUGGCAUUGAAGUUAGAUCUACAGGAAAGCGCGACUCUCUUUUGGCUCGUGCGGAAGAACUUAAAGACAAAGGAACUCCAACUAAAUCUUCACAAGCUAAAUUAAAAUUGGAUUUCUCUUCACCCAAACGUAAAGAGAAGCUUUUAGAAGAAGAACAAUCUGUUGACUUUGUUUUUAUCCCUCCUGAAACAAAAGAGAGGGUUUUGACAGAGCACCAAAAAGAAGUGCUGAGAAUAAAAAGGGUGGACAUACCCACAAUGUAUAACAACCUUGAUGCAUCUCAAGACACAACUUUAUUCACACAAUAUUCUCAGAGCCAGGAUAACUCAUUAGAGAAGCCUGCCUUAGCAGAGGAAUCAAAAGAAAACGUGGAUAAAUCAGAGAAUGUAAAAGUAUUAUCAGUGGAAAAAGACUUCAAUAAUGAAUUGGUACCAUCAGGAAACAAUGACCAUAUUGAAAAUAUUGCCAGUAAAGAGCCUCCAAAAAUAUUAAAUGAGUCUGACAGUGACAAUAAAAAAGAAGCUCAGGAUACUUCAGUUGCCAGUAACAGCUCUACCUCUUCAGAUAUGGUUAUAGGGACUCCUCCACAGCCUGCGAGCCGAAGGCAAUCAUUUAUCACCUUAGAAAAGUUUGACCACUCACAUGAUCGUUCUUUUAGUCCUUUAUCAAAGUUUCCAAAAGCAACAGAAGUCAUUUUAGUUCCUGACAGUCAGGAAACUAUGGAUAUAGGUGGCUCACAAGCACAUGAUGCAAAUCCGAAGAUGAACAUUAAGCCUUCCAAACCAGAUAUACAAAAGAGGGUAUCAAAAAGGGGAAGAAAAUCUGUUUCUUUUGUGGAGGAGCAAAAGGAAAACCAGCUAAAUGCUUCAGAGGAGUUGCUUGAACAGAAAAAUAUGGAAGAACUUGUGAUUCAGAGCAAUGUUUCUAAUGUGCAACAUGAAGACAAUGUGCCAGUUUCACAAGUCUGUAGUUUGGAACCUAAAACAGUGGAAGUUUCAGUAAAAGCAAAGCUGGCAAAUGUUGAAAAUAGCGUUGAGUCAAAGGAGAACACUCCACCAGAACAGGUGAAUAGCACAGAAAAUGAGAGGUCACAGAAUCAGCCAAAGUCUAACUCGAUGUCCCUGAGACGUUCUUCAAGACGACAGUCUGAAUCACUUGAAGUUUUAAAACAUGGAAAAAAUGAAAAUCCAAUACAGAAACUAGACCAAACCAAGGAUGAAGAAAAAGUUGUCUUAGCAAAAGUAACAAUGUAUAAAGAAAAGCCUGAAAAAGCAUAUGAAGAAAGCGUUAAUCAAGGUAUAGCUAAAGAUUCAUUGGAAAUAAAUGCUGAUAAAAUUAGAUCUGAGCUUAAACCAGAAAAUCUUCCAGAUUCGAAUACCAGUACAGGAAGCCAAGAAACUGCUAGAGGUAGGCCUAGAUAUCAGACAAGAAGGUCUUUGCAAGCUGUGCCACCUGGUAUUGAGAAUUUUGAUUCUGAUCAUUCACAGCCUAAGGAAGACACUGUUAAAAGAAAACGUUCUAGAAGUAAAUCUAAAAGUGUAGAUCAUAAUGAAAAAUCUAAUAAAUCUGAAGAUUCUCUACAGGUCAUGACUGAUAGUGAGCCUAAAACAGAAGCUGUUUCUUGUGAAAAAAAUACUGAGUCUCAAACAGAAAUGGACAUAAAUAUAGAAGCUUCUCAAGCAGGUGAAAUAGAUAAUAAAACUUACACUGUGAUUGCAGAAAACACUACCACAUUAAGCUUAAAUACUCUUACAACUGAACCUAAUACACAUCAGUUGCCAGACCGUUCUCAAGAACCUACUUUAAAUACUAGUGAGACAAACAAUACUUACAAUGUAUCUAACAUUUACACCACAGAUAAUGAUGAAGCAAACAAAACUUAUGUCAAAAAUGUCACUGCUGUUGCAGGGGAGACUUAUAUUGCAGAAAAUAUUUCUGAAGAUACAAGAGAAGAUGGCAAGUUUAAUGUGAAAAAUUCAGCGGUGGUUUGUAACACAUUGGAAAGCUUGAUGACAGAACCCACCGCUGGUGAUUUUUCCACAGCUGUUUCUGAUGUUUUCAAUCAGUCUGAAAGUAAAUUGCACAAACUUGAAUGCUCUCAUAAAAGAAACAAGAGAGUAAGAAGGUCCAAGAGUUGUAAUUGUUCUUGUGAUGUGUCAGGCAAACGGGAUGAUAAUACAGAAUUAAAAUCUGAGUUCAAAGAAGAUAAACCAAACCAAAAAAUGCAGAAAACUAUUGUAAGGUCAGAGAUAUCCACUAUUGAUGCACAGUUUGAUGAUACUGUCAUAUCGGGGCCGUGUGCCGUCAGCACACCACUGCUUUCAAAUGAGCAGUGCUUUUUCAAGCCAUCUGUUAGUGAAUUAAAAUCAGAUGUAGAAUCUGAGCAAGAAAGCAUAGUAGAACCUUUAAAUGAAAGCACUAGUGAGAUGGAAGAAGUAACACAGAUUAGUGUUCAGACAAAGACAAUAGAAGUCCAAGAGGAACUUACUGAUUCUUCAAUAACUGCAAAUACAGAUGACGCUCAAGAUAUGAAUACUGUUUUGGAGAACAAAAGUGUGCAGCAUGCAUGUUCAUUUGCUACUGAUGAAAGUACCGUUGGAGAGGUAAACGAAGAACCUAGCAGAUGUAAAACUUAUGAUGUAGAAAAAAAUGAGGAAUCUGUCACCAAAGUUGAUGAAAAGCUGGUUGAGGUGCACAAUGAGGUUGAGGUGCACAAUGAGGUUGAGGUGCACAAUGAGGUUGAGGUGCACAAUGAGGUUGAGGUGCACAAUGAGGUUGAGGUGCACAAUGAGGUUGAGGUGCACAAUGAGGUUGAGGUGGACAAUGAGGUUGAGGUGGACAAUGAGGUUGAGGUGGACAAUGAGGUUGAGGUGGACAAUGAGGUUGAGGUGGACAAUGCUGAAAUUAAUUGUGUGCAUGAUGCUCAUCUGAUAACAGAGACCAGUCAUUGUUUAUCUAUAGGCAUGGAGCAUGAGCAUGUUAUGACAGAUGCACAGAAUAUUUUGGAAGAUCAGUCUGAUGGUAAAGAAAAUUGUGCAGAUUCUGCUUUUCCUGAAAACACGGCUAUGGAAGAACUAGUAGAAAGUACUGGAGUCGUGGAAAGUAGAACAGACACAGAUUCUCCUCCAAAGAUGAAAGGGCUAACAGUUUUAGCCAUAGCUAAUGAUAGCCCUGGUGGGGGUUGUGGUUGGUCACCUUCUGCAUCACCAUCAACUAGCAUCCUUAAGAAAGGUUUAAAGAGGCAGCAAGAAACGGAUUCUCCAUCACCAGUUAACAAGAUUCGCAGAGUCUCAUUUGCUAAUCCAAUUUACCAAGAAGGAUUGGCUGAUGAUAUUGAUAGACGAAGCCCUGUUAUUAGGGCACAUUCAUCAAAUGGAUCACCAUCAUCUAGAAGUCUUAAACAUUCAGCUAAUAUGCAACCUAAGCUCAAUACAACUCCAACAAAAGGAUUUGUUUCUCCUGGGACACGUAUUCUUGGAUUUAAGAGCUCAAAGAAGAGCUUGUUUUUUUUUCUCUUAGAUUUGAUGGAGCCAUCUACCUCUUUAACAGACAAUUUACCACCACCUGACCUAUUGUCUCAGAUAACUGCACUUUCUUUACAGUUGUCUUCAGAAGAUCUAAGCAAACAUGCAGCCAGUCAACUGUUUGAAAUGCAAGAGAAAAUUAGCAGCAUGUCAAACUCUAUUAUUAGACAUCUGCAGUCACGCUGGACAUCUCAUGAAGGCUCUUUGUAAUGCAAAUGUAUUUAAAUAAAAUUAUUUAGGUUUUCUUUAUACUGAUUGAGAUUUGAUUUUAAAAGGGUAUUUAUAAAAGGAAGUAGCUAGAUAUUUUUUUUUAAAGAGAAGAAUCAUGUUGUAUUUGACUUGUUCCUUGGCGCCUAUCGUUCCUGCUAUUGGAAGGCUUUAGGUGUUAGUAACAAUAGUAAUAUAUCACCACAAAUAGCCUGUUUAAGUGAACAUAUACAGCACGGGAAAGUUACAGCUGUUGAGACUAGUAAGUAAAAGUUCUUCAUUUUUCAUAACAAGGAUAUGUUUUUCAAUGUUUUUAUAGUUCAUUAAAAUGCCUAUUAAAGUCCUGAAACUUAAAUACCACAACUAUCUAACAAUUGGUAGCUGGUCCUCUACAUAGUCUUAAAUCAAAUGUGAAACAAAUUCCCCUUUAAAUGUAUAUUAAAAUUACAUUAAACACCUUAGGUUUUUUGUUUUUUUUGCACUGCACAGAGAGGCCAAAAAACAUUAUGUAACUUGUAAAUGCUGUAAAUCAAAAAGGUGGUUUAGACAUUUUGCUUUUUUGGCUACUCUAGGGAGUGUUGGACAAAGCCCACUUUUUACACAAAAACAAGGUGUUUCAUGUUCCUUUAAAGGGACAUGAAACACAUUUCUUUUUUUAUGAUUAAGAUAGAUUAUGCAAUUUUAAUAAACUUCCUAAUUUACGUCUAUUAAAGUUUCUUCCUUUGGUAUCUUUUGUUGAAAAACAGGGUCGCAAGUUUAGGAGCUUGCACGUAUCUGGAGCACUAUAUGGCAGCAGUUUUGCAAGUAUGUUAUUCAAUUGCAAGAACACUAGGUUGCUGAACCAUUUUUCAUGCCAUGUAAUGCUCCAGACACCUACCUUGGUAGCUCUUCAACAACAAAUACAAUUGGAAUAAAGCAAAAUUGAUAAUAAAUUGGAAACUUUGUUUUAAAAUUGUAUUCUCUGUCUGAAUCACAAAAGUACCAUUUUUGGGUUUAAUAUCCAUUUAAUAUACUUUAGUUUUUAAUAUACUGAUCAGCGUUACAUUUUGAAUUUGCUGAAAAGGGAGACAUAUUUAAGCAAUGUAGUAGGCACUAGCUUUUGUUUCCUUCUCUUGCAGAUUUGCUUCCGGAUUCGAUUUGUAUGUCCCACAGACUUUUUAAAAAAUAAAUUGUUUGCAGGUUUAGAAAAUGGCAUAGUACUACUUUACAGUCAAGUGUUUUUUGUUCCUAGUACCUACAAUGUGUAGCUAUGAGAGCUUACAUUUUGAUGCCUCCUUUUUAGAUACAGUUCUUAUUGUAGUGAUAUUUACAUGAUUAUGUACAACAGUGCAUUUCAAAUUCAUUGCAUUGUGUUUGCACACAUUUCUUGUGAUUGUGGUUUAAGAAAAGCUAUGAAAACUUAAAUUUUUCCAUAUGCAAGAAUGUUGCCCAAAUGCUUUUAACUGGAUUUUAAGUGCACUGCUGUUUGUUGCAAAUUGUUUGUCCAUUGAAAGACUGACUCAUUUAUAAUCAUUGUAAUUUCCCUGAAGUAAAAUGAAUUUAAAAUAUUCGCAUUUUAGAUGCAUUGCUUACUAUUACACUACUUUGUGUGUUGAAGCUGAUUUUUGUUCAGGCAAUGCAUAUUUUACCAGUCUUCUAGUUUUGCAGAUAUUCUGUUACAUGCAGCCAUGCCCAACAUGUAUAUUAUGUAUAUAGUUUUGAUUGUGAGUUACUGCUAUAGUUGGUAAUCCACCUUGUAUAUAUAAUUUAAGUCUGUAUGCACAGAGCUUCUUAAUGUCAUUUGCAGCAAAUGUUUUUAGCAUUCUGUGUAAAAUUAAAAUGUUUCAUGUUAGCAAUUAUUAAAAACCUUUGUAAAAUG